GACAAGAACUGCUUCUUCUUUGCGAGGUCUCUUUUACAUUCCUGAAAGACUCUCCCCAGGACGUCUGGUGGGUCAUUGAUGGAAAACCCACGGAUGACAUCACUGACCUCAAGUUCAACAUAUCCCAUGAGGAAAUCCCCUUGGCGAUCGGAGGCACGACAAUCAAAAAGAUUCUGGUUGUGCCCCGCGUGACGGAGAAGGAUUUGAAAAAAAAUUACACUUGCUUUGCCCAGAACAACAAAGGCACUGUUCAGGUCCAGGCCAUCGUGCGGAUGAAACCCCCAGUUACGAGAUACACCGUGGAGCUCGCUUGUGGCUUGGGGGCAACCGUGAUGCUUGUGGUCAUCCUGACGGUCGUUUACCACGUCUACUGGCUGGAACUGGUCCUCUUCUACCGCACUCAUUUUGGGACCGACGAAACCAUCCUUGACGGGAAGGAGUACGACAUCUACGUCUCCUACGCGAGGAACACGGAGGAGGAGGACUUCGUGCUGCUGACCCUUCGGGGCGUCCUGGAGAACGAGUACGGCUACAAGCUGUGCAUUUUUGACCGAGACAGUCUCCCCGGGGGAAAUACCACGGAAGCCAUCUUUGACUUCAUCCACAAAAGCCGGAAGAUGAUUGUGGUCUUGAGCCCCGACUACUUCCUGGAGAAGAGCAUCAGCCUCCUGGAGUUCAAGCUUGGCCUCCUGUGCCAGAACAACAUUGCCACCCAGCUGGUGGUGGUGGAGUACCAGCCCCUCCCGCACGCCCACCCGAGCGUCCAGCAGCUGAAGGAGUCCGUGGCCUUCCUGGCCUGGAAGGGGGAGAGGUCCAAGCACACGGGCUCCAAGUUCUGGAAGGCCUUGCGCCUGGCCCUGCCCCUCCGGAGCCUGAGCACCGGUGCCAACGCCGCCUGGAACGAGAGCUGCUCCUCCCACUCGGACACCAGCUUGGACCAGGCCCAGAAGAAGCGGAGCCGGUGGAAAGGGCCAGCCCCGAGGCCCAAGGAUGUCCCCGUCCAAAGGGGGCUGGCCUCGUCGCCCAGGUGGAAGGCCAAACAGGCUCCCAAGCCGCUCCUGGCCUGCCGCUGCUGCGUGGCGUACUGCAACAAGGACCGCAAACUCAGGAGCCCCGGCCAAGCCGCGCCCAAGCCCAAGCCCAAGCCCAAGCCCAAGCCCAAGCAGGAGGUGCAGUGCCAGCGGCCGCUGCUGGGCGACCCCGCGGGGCGCCACCUCCAGAAUAACAGCAAGAUGCAGCCUCUGGAGUCCCAGGUGGCAGCCCUCGGCCUCCAGCGCUUUGCAGACGUGUCCAACAACAAUGACUUCUAUGUACUUUAACCAGCCAGCGGUGGGGCCAGCUGCAGACCCCCAGGCUCUGAGAAGAAGAAGGGAAGGCCUUCCCGGUGAGGACCGGGAGCUCCUGGAAGCAAUGGGACCAGCAGACCAGGGUUCUAGGUGCGCGCGCGUGGGGCGGGGGAGACUGCCUGGGAAGGAGUGGGGGGCUUGGGAACUGCCCCAGGUUCUCGCUCCAUGGACCAAGGUGGAGGUUUAAAUUCUCUGGAAACCGAGUACAUUUCCUAAGAGCAGGCUCUGAGAGAAGUGCCGGGGAGAUGCGUCCACCCUAGCAGGUCCACCUCGUGGAGAAUGAGCAGCCCUAGGUGAGGCCUCUUUCUUCCCUGUGUUAGUGGUCAGUUCCCCCCACCUCUCUCAUUCCCGGUGCGUUGGGACUCCACCUCCCAGAACGUCCAGCCAACAGGAUCUUUGGGCAUGCUGGCUGGGAACUCUGGGUCUCGCAGUCCCAGCAGAAAGGCAGGUGGUGAAUGAGGGAGAACGUCACGCAGGUGGCCUCGUCCGUCCUUCUGCUGUAACGUCAGAGCCGCAGCCAGGCGAGGGGGCCCAGGUGUCUGAACUGAAAGACAGCAACAGCAACCCCGCCCUGCUUGGCGUCAUUCGGAAAGGUUUCUGGGGAGAAUUUCAGAUGAAAAAAAAAUCCCCUGUUUUUAUUGUUGCUUUAUUUGAACAAGAAGGUUCCAACUCCCUUUGGCACUGUGGCCAUAUACCCAAAGACAUUUUAAUCAUUUUUAAAGCACUCCCUUUUCUUCCUUUUUUUUUUUUUAGGGGCUGUAUUUUUGAACAAAAAGG